ACAGCAGGGACAGGGACAGCCAGCAAAGCCCUCUGCUUCCAGGGCUUCUUGUCGGACCUGCUGAAGAAGGCGAACCGGCCCUACGAUGAACCCAAGCUGCAGGAGUACACCCAGACCAUCCUGCGGAUGUUCGACAUGAAUGGUGACGGGAAGCUGGGACUCUCGGAGAUGUCCCGACUUUUGCCUGUGCAAGAAAACUUCUUGCUGAAGUUUCAGGGGAUGAAGCUGUCCUCGGAGGAGUUCAACGCCAUCUUUGCCUUCUAUGACAAGGAUGGGAGCGGCUUCAUCGAUGAGAACGAGCUGGACGCGCUCUUGAAAGAUCUGUAUGAGAAGAAUAAGAAA